AUGAACACGGUAGAUGAGCGUUGCUCGCCUUCCAGAAGAUUACCGGCCGAGGAACAAUUCCGGCCCGGUCUCAUUCAGGACACGCACGUUCGAACCAAUGGAUUUUCCCCGCUCGCCGCUCUGAGCAUCACGGAGGCAAUUGUGUUGGACAAUACCACUCAGUUCGCGUCACGUGAUUUGGUGUGGUGGAUGUGA